AUGGAUACAUUGUUGAAGAAAACCAUUUCUCACCCCAAUGUGACAACUGUAUGUGUCUUCAGUUUUGCUGCUGAAGCCUGCAAUAAGGUGAUAUUUAAUGUACCUUCUAAAUCAGAGGCAGACACAAUGAUCGGCAGAGUUAAUUUGAAAGAGUGCCUCAGAUCCGUAGACCUCGUCCAGUCAAAUGAUACUGAUUUCAGAGUGCUAGAUGAUGGGUCAGUGUACACAACCACUGCUGUUAAGUUCUCUAAGAAGAAAAGAUCCUUCACUAUACGGCUUUCUGACACAAAGAGACAGUUUCAGAAGAAGAUUAUUGUUCUCCUGGAAUCUCGGAAGGAGGUAUUGAAGAAAAGACAAACUAAAGAAACUGUUCUCAGGCGUGCCAAGAGGAGAUGGGCACCUAUUCCUUGCUCAAUGCAAGAAAAUUCCUUGGGCCCCUUCCCUUUGUUUCUUCAGCAAGUUCAAUCUGAUGCAGCACAGAACUAUACCAUCUUCUACUCGAUAAGUGGGCGUGGAGUUGACCAAGAACCUUUAAAUUUGUUUUAUAUAGAAAGAGACACUGGAAAUCUGUUUUGCACCAAGCCUGUGGAUCGUGAAGAAUAUGAUGUUUUUGACUUGAUCGCCUAUGCCUCCACUGCAGACGGGUACUCCGCAGAUUUGCCUCUCCCCCUGCCCAUCAGAGUAGAGGAUGAAAAUGACAACAAACCUAUUUUCACAGAAGCAGUUUAUAACUUUGAAGUUUCAGAAAGUAGUAGACUUGGUACUUCAGUGGGGGUGGUUUGUGCCACAGAUAAAGACGAACCAGACACGAUGCAUACCCGCCUGAAGUACAGCAUUUUGGAGCAAACGCCAAGAUCACCUGGGCUCUUUUCCGUGCAUCCCAACACAGGCGUGAUCACGAUCAUCUCUCACUAUUUGGACAGAGAGGUUGUAGACAAGUACUCAUUGAUAAUGAAAGUACAAGACAUGGAUGGUCAAUUUUUUGGAUUGACAGGUACAUCAACUUGUAUCAUAACAGUAAAAGAUUCAAAUGAUAAUGCACCCACUUUCAGACAAAAUGCUUAUGAAGCAUCAGUAGAGGAAAAUGCAUUCAAUGUGGAAAUCUUACGGGUACCGAUAGAAGAUAAGGAUUUAAUUAAAACUGCCAAUUGGAGAGCCAAUUUCACCAUUUUAAAGGGAAAUGAAAAUGGAAAUUUCAAAAUCAGUACAGAUAAAGAAACUAAUGAAGGUGUUCUAUGUGUUGUAAAGCCACUGAAUUAUGAAGAAAACCAUCAAGUGAACCUGGAAAUUGGAGUAAGCAAUGAAGUUCCAUUGACUAGAGACGUACCCAGAGUGACAGCCAUGAACAGAGCCUUGGUUACAGUCCACGUGAAAGAUGUGGACGAGGGGCCUGAAUGCAGCCCUCCGGCCCAAUAUGUGCAGAUUAAAGAAAACUUAGCAGCGGGGUCAAAUAUCAAAGGCUAUAAGGCAUAUGACCCUGAAACUAAAAGUAGCAGUGGUUUAAGGUAUAAAAUAUUGCAUGAUCCUAAAGGGUGGAUUGCCAUUGAUGAAACUUCAGGGUCAAUCACAACUUCCAAAAUCCUGGACAGGGAGGCCAUAUCUCCCAAGCAUGGUUUAUAUAAUAUUACAGUUAUGGCAAUAGACCAAGAUGGUAGAUCAUGUACUGGAACAUUGGCUGUGAACAUUGAAGAUGUGAAUGAUAAUGCACCAGAAAUACUUCAACAUUAUCUAACAAUCUGCAAACCAAAGAUGGGGUAUACCGACAUUUCAGCUGUUGAUCCUGAUGAACCUGUCCAUGGAGCGCCAUUUUAUUUCAGUUUGUCAAGCCCCUCUCCAGAAAUCAAUAGAAUCUGGAGCCUCACCAAAAUUAAUGAUACAGCUGCUCGUCUUUCAUAUCAGAAAAAUGCUCAAUUUCAAGAAUAUACUAUUCCUGUUACUGUAAAAGAUAGAGCAGGUCAAUCUGCCACGAAGAUCUUGAGAGUUAAUCUGUGUGACUGCACACAUCCAAGUCAGUGUCGCUCGACUUCCAGGAGUGCAGGAGUCGUACUUGGAAAGUGGGCAAUCCUUGCAAUACUACUGGGAAUAGCACUGCUAUUUUCUGUAUUGCUAACUUUAGUGUGUGGAGUUAUUGGUACAAAAAAAGGCAAGCGUUUUCCCGAAGAUUUAGCACAGCAAAACUUAAUUAUCUCAAACACAGAAGCACCUGGGGAUGAUAGAGUGUGUUCUGCCAAUGGAUUCACGACCCAGACCGCCAACAACUGUAGUCAAGGUUUUUGUGGUACUAUGGGAUCAGGAAGCAGAAAUGGAGGGCAGGAGACCAUAGAAAUGGUGAAAGGAGGACACCAGACCUUGGAAUCCUGCCGGGGAGCUGGCCACCAUCACACCCUGGACUCCUGCAGGGGAGGACACACGGAGAUGGACAACUGCAGAUACAAUUACUCGGAGUGGCACAGUUUCACUCAGCCCCAUCUCUGUGAGAAAUUACAUCAGUGCAGUCAGAAUGAAAACCAUGUGCCAUCUCAAGAUUAUGUCCUUACAUAUAACUAUGAAGGAAGAGGAUCCCCAGCUGGUUCUGUAGGCUGCUGCAGUGAAAAACAGGAAGAAGAUGGCCUUGAGUUUUUAAAUAAUUUGGAACCCAAAUUUAUGACAUUAGCAGAAGCCUGCACCAAGAGAUAAUAUCAGAGUGCUACUAUUAAGUCUUUCCCAGACAUUCUGGUGGUUUCCCAAAAUAAUAUUGUAAAGUUAAAUUACAACAUAUAU